UGAGGGUAAUUUUGAGAUGGCGACAAUGUGUUUCGAAAGAGCUGGAGAUCCAUACAAAGAGAAAUGGGCAAAAGCUGCUGGACUUAGAGCUGCUGCUAACCAAAUGGGUGGUUCAAAUUCUGAACUGGCUCGCAUUCUUCUGACAGAGGCUGCUGAGAUUUUUGAAACAACUGGAAAGUUCGAGAUUGCUGCAAAAUGCUUUAUUCAGUUAAAGAAAUUCCAAAGGGCAGGUACGCUUUAUCUGAAGAAUUGUGCGGAAUCAAGGCUAGAGGAUGCAGCUGAUUGUUUUUCUCUUGCUGGAUGCUGGUCUAUUGCGGCCGAAGUGUAUGAUAGGGCCAAUUGCUUGUUGAAAUGCCUGGCUGUUUGCACCAAGGGAAAUCUUUCGGAAGCGGGGCUUCAGUUCUUAGAGAAAUGGAAAGCAGAUGGAAUCUUUGAUGCUUACGCAGCUGAAAAUCAAGGGCUGAAUGAUUUGAGACAAGAGUUCCUAGAAAAAUGUGCAUUUCACUAUCAUCAAGUGAAAGAUACAAAUAACAUGAUGAAGUUUGUUCGAGCCUUUAACUCAUUGAACUUGAUGUGGAAUUUCUUGGUAACUCAUAGUUAUGUCGAUGAGCUCGUGGAUUUAGAGGUCGAGUCUGGAAACUCUAUGGAGGCUGCCAAUUCUGCCAAACUGAGAGGAGAUCUUCUUCUUGGGGCAGAAAUACUAGAAAAGGGUGGACACUAUGAAGAAGCAUCAAAGAUCAUACUUUUGUAUGUUCUUGUCAAUUCUCUUUGGAUAACAGGAAGCAAAGGUUGGCCCUUAAAGAAAUUCUCAAACAAAGAGGAACUUUUAACAAAAUCAAAAUUGAUUGCAAAGACCAGAAAUGACCACUUUUAUGAGUUAAUCUGCGUGGUGGCUAGCUCAUCAUCAGAGAAAGACAGCUGCUUAGCAGAGAUGGGAGAUUGUUUGGCUACUUCCCAGAGGCUCGGUCAUCUUGGAGCAGAAAUUUUGUACCUUCGGAAGAUACUUGAUUUCCAUCUUAAGGUAAGGCUGGACACAUAUGAACAAGAUGAAAUGGUGGUGUUGGACUGUGAGAAACAUGCAACACUUAUGAUUUCCCGUAAUAGGGUCUCUACUCAGACCUUUAAUUUAUUUCUGGAAUACAUGGAGGGAGAAGAUUCUAAGCAUACUGAUGUUCCUUGGUUCUGUUGGAACAAUAAAUGAGAAAGACUACAAGGGCUAUGAUGAGUUUUGUUUGGGUUACUUGGGUAUCUGCAAAACGGUACAAAAUAGCAGUUCCAUCUACACAUUGCUACAUGCAGAUGCCUAUUGGACGAAAGACAUCUGUCAUAAAUCUGUUAGACGAAAUGGGGAAUUGGUUGCAAUGGAUGCUCACCAGUUUGUAUCUGCUGCUCAGAGUUUCUGGGUUUCUGAAUUCACUUGUGUUGGUAUGAAUGUCUUAGAGAAGCUCAAUACCCUCUAUCGUUUUUAUGUCGGAAACUCUGUCUCAAUGUUUGAUCAAGGAACAACUUCUCUUCACACGUUUGAAGUCACAAAGGGGCUCAUGGAAUCCAAGGUAUUGGACUGGGAGGCUCCUAAGGCACUACUGGAGUAUUCAGCAUCUUCUAGGCAGCAGGUUCUUGAAAUUAUAUGUCCCUCAGACUCAAAAAUGAUUUUUUCUGAAGAUAUGAUGAAGCUAAGGAACACAGAGCUGUGUAGGGAAAUUACCAAAGAAGUAAUUAUGGAAAUAAUCAGCUCAGAAAGGGAGUUAUCUCUUGGGCAAAUCUUGAAAGUGGUGAUGCUGAUAUAUGUGUCUGGGAGUCUACCUGUUCAAAUAUAUCAGGUGAUUGUAAAUCGUUUCGACCUGAACCCACAUUGGAAGUCCUUCUUUGAGCAGUUUAAAGAUUGCCUUGAUUCAGGGAUUGUGAGGUUAUCAUUUCUCUUGAAGAUUAGAGAAUCUUUAGUGAAAACCUGUCAACCCAAUUGGAGCAACAUGUCAAGUUAUCUUUCACCAUUCCACUUUUUGUAUCUUCUGGAACGCUUCCUUUAUUUGGCAAGUUCCUGGAAAGAUAUGUUUUUCAUGACGAAGUCUUGUCUUCUGGAAACUCUUGCAUGUGAGAACUGGAAACUGAACUCAAAAUCUGAGUUGGAUGCAGAUGCUAGCUUAGAGGAAGAACUACAUUCUCUGGAAAGUUUUCUGUUGAGCUUAAGUCAUAAUAUACUUUUGGGGAAGAAUGGCACACUGGAAUGGUUUGAGAAAACUGAUAUUGCAGCCAAGAAAGACUAUCCUUCUCUUGUUUUAAGGGUGUUUAUCCUUGCUGGUCUAGUUUGUAUCAAUUCUGGCUCUGAAGAUCAUUUUGAUGAUCUCUGUGGUCUACUGCUUCAAGAUGACAUAUGUUCUUUUCUCCCACUGGAAUUUCUUAAGUUCCUUGGCUUUGCAAAACCUUCCAUAGAUCCCCUUCCAGAAAGUAUCCAGGGAGUUUGAUUACAAUAAAUCAUCUACAGUAUUCGCGGAGGUGCUUAAGAUGAUUGGGAAUCCUCUGGUGAUUCUGUAUUUAGGUGAAAAUCGUCCAACCUUUUCUUGUCCUGAUGCCAUAUUCAUAGACAUGGAGUUGAUUCUGUGUAGAGAAGAUAUAUUGGAUAUACUGUACCACAAGAGAACAGAAUGUCUUCAGAAAGAUGCCGUAAUCGAAUUGGAGUCAGAAUGCAAUAUUGGGAGCAUUAUUCACUAUUCUCAGCCUUCCAGUUCAUUCAGUGAAGAGGAACAGCAGUUCAUGGAGAAUGAGGGCACAGAUGUCGAUGAUUUGCAAGGGGGUUACAAGGUGGUGGUUGUGCGUGAUGAUGACGGUUUUUCUAUGAAUCCAUUGGCAUUGAUGUUUAAUACAGAGUUACUUAUUCGUAUUCUUCGUGCUGCAAUUGUCAAUGCAUCAUCUAUUGCUGAAGAUCGUAGGUUCUCUGCUGAAGCAGAAAUCAUGAUUGGUGAAUUAAAGCAAAUCUUAAUUGCUGUAAGGGUUUCUUGUCCAAGAGAGGAGAACAUGCAGCUCAUCCUUUCAAGAUUUUCCGAAUUACUUAUGAAGUGUAAAGUAAAAAGAUUAGGUCAAAUGUUGGCUCCUUUUUUUUCAAUGCUUAUGGCUUCAGAUAAUGUUGCUGGACCUUCUCAGUCCAGUGUUUCAUCAAAGAGUAGCAAGAAGAAGGAAAAAUCAAGAUCGGAAAAGGAUAAGAAGGGGAAAGGCAGAAGGAAGUAAUAUUGUAGUACUAUUACUUGAGUCUUUUUUUACAGGACAGGUUGUAGGUGCACUGGGUUUGAAAGCCAAUGCAUGCUGCUGCCUGAUUUGUAGUUUUUUGGUAAGUUAGAGCGUCCACACUGGUGCGAGUAUAACCAAAGAUCAAAGACUAAAAAAGAAGACCAAAUUUGGGUUUAGUCCGUCGUGUGACGCAGUGGGGAAAGAGUAAAUUUGGUCGCGCGUUGAUAAAGCUUAUGCCUGUAAUCAGGCGUUGAUAAAGAUAACGCCUAAAAUGAGGCGUUUGUAAAGAUCCCGCCUGAGUUUGGGCGGGGAGAUUCACAAAAAAAAAAAAAAAAAAAAGAAGUGGGG